AUGUCAAAGCAGAGAAUAACCGAAAAAAUAAAGGACAAGUUUAAAAUUGCGUCUGAGGCGCAGAGAGAGAACAGACUGAACUCUCUCUUGCAAACACAAGAGCGUGGUUACAUAGUACUAGAGGAUGGUGAGCAAUAUCCAACACAAAGACAGAUAAAAAAAAAUGUUGCCUGCUCGGUGAAAGAAAAAGCGUUUUCUCUUGAUCUUGACGAGGAUGAUUGGAAAUCCUCGUAUUCUUUGGAUGGCAGACACAUUAUUCUGCAUAGUAAGUCAGUGGUGGCAGCGUUUGACUGCAAGACACUCAACGUGUUCUUCGAGAGAACGCUAAGAAACGUUGAAACGAGCAUAUUUCUGCACAACGAGCAGUAUUGUGCUAUUGCGAGUGAUACCUUGUUUAUAUACAAUAAGAACGGACAAGAAGUGCAUCAUCUGUCACAUGAAAGAAAUGUGAGGCGGAUGGCUUAUCUACCAUACCAUUUUCUGCUCGUUACUCUUUCUGACCAGCCUUUUCUCCGGUAUUUGGACACCUCGAUGGGGAAAGAGGUGGCCAAGCUAUACGUUAAAGAGCCUUCAUGUUGUGCGCUAUCGCGAAGAGAUGAUGGAAUAGUAUUGGUCGGUGGCACCAGAGGAGUUGUGAGAUUGUUUUCUCCCAAUUCUAAAGAACCACUUUGCUCGUUGCUCGUAAAUUCUUCAAAGAUCUCCUCAAUCGCAGUGAGAAAAAACAAUUUUGUGUGUUCAAGUCUGCAAGGCACUAACUUCUAUGACUUCAGAAACCUCAAGGAACCGAUUUAUAAGCUUCCAAAAUCUGAGAAUGUAUCACUCAGCAAUGUCCUGGCAAUGUCGUACAAGAACAAAAUUACCACGUUUAUGAAUGGUUCUGAGUACAUAAAAGAAACGUAUCGAGGUGUCAACAGCAUAGAAUUUGCGCCUUACGAGGAUAUUCUCGCGGUUGGCACGAGGAACGGUUUGUCUCACAUGAUAGUGCCUGGUGCGGGAGAUCCGAAUAUAGAUUUCUAUGAGGAUUCGCCGUUCCUGACAAAAAAGCAGAGGAGAGAACGAGAAGUCAAGAAAUUGAUGGAAAAAAUACCGAGCUCGUUCAUAGGCAGCAAGUUUAUUAUCGAGGAUGCUGUAGAAGAGGAAGAAGAGAGGAAGGAAGAGGAGCCAAAAAAGAGAACCGCUUUGUCUCGGUUCUAUUAGAUGCAAAAACAGGAAAGUUAUAGAAUUAUUCUCCAUUAAAAUUGUUACUUACGGGGAUUUAUUUAAUGUCGGUGUGAAGAGUUGCUCGUUUUGUACGAGAGGAUGAAUAUCUUUUCAAUGAAAAGAUACGAGGAAGUAGCAGCACCAGCAAAAUACCUUUAUAGAGCGCUUCUGUACUAUGCAUAUUCUUCCGAUACACAGCUUAAAGUUUUCGUAUCGCAGCUUUUUACAUUCGAUUUAGACUUUCUUCUUAACUUUCGAUGAGUGGGUGGGCGUAUCAUCUACCUACCACUAGGAAAUACGGUUUCUUCUAAUCAGAAUGUUGCAUUUUCUGAUAUCUUGC